UUGAAUCGCUCGCGUUCAGCCGGAUGUUGUGUUGCACAACCUUUCUGACUUGACUGGUGGUGUAACUGCGGGUGCUGGACGCGGUGGAUAGCAGCCGGAUAGAAAUCUAUAAAGAUGGCCUCAGCAACAGCAACCUACGGGCAGAAGGAGUCUUCGGACCAAAACUUUGACUAUAUGUUCAAGAUCCUCAUCAUUGGCAACAGCAGUGUGGGCAAAACCUCCUUCUUGUUCCGCUACGCCGACGACUCCUUCACGCCCGCCUUUGUCAGUACGGUGGGCAUCGACUUCAAGGUGAAGACCAUCUACAGAAAUGACAAGAGGAUCAAAUUACAGAUCUGGGACACAGCAGGUCAGGAGCGUUACCGCACCAUCACCACGGCCUACUACCGAGGAGCCAUGGGCUUCAUCCUCAUGUAUGACAUCACCAACGAGGAGUCCUUCAACGCCGUCCAGGACUGGUCGACUCAGAUUAAGACGUACUCGUGGGACAACGCCCAGGUGCUGCUGGUAGGAAACAAGUGCGACAUGGAUGACGAGCGAGUGGUGAGCGGAGAUAGAGGCCGGCAGCUGUCUGAACACCUCGGUUUUGAGUUCUUCGAGGCCAGCGCCAAGGACAACAUCAAUGUGAAGCAGACCUUUGAGCGGCUGGUCGACAUCAUCUGUGAAAAGAUGUCUGAGAGCCUGGACGCCGGAGAUCCCGCCGUCACAGGGGCCAAACAGGGGCCCCAGCUGACAGAGCAGCCCGCUCCUCCUCACCAGGACUGUGCAUGUUAAAGCUGACUACUCCCCCAAACCCCUUUCCUCCCUCUUCCUCUUUGUCCUCCUUCAGCUGGACCCUGAGGGCCUUGGGUCCAUACUCCAUCACACUUCUCACUCACUUUCCUGCUUCUUUCUGUAACCUAUUAAGGAUCAUUGGCUGAGGGACACAAGAACCAGGUUGCAAAGUGUCUUAAAUGCUCUGAGAUGCUCGUGGACUGGUGCUUGGGGUGUGUUUGCUUCUGGUUUCUCCUCAUAAAGGAGCUAAAAGGUGUCAGGUUUUUUUUGAUCAGUGUGGGUGUUGGUCUGAUGCCCACGCAAGUUCAAUCAAACGUGUCAGAGUGUUUCAGACUCUUUGCAGCCCAUGUUUUUGAAGGUUCCCGACCCAUCUUCUGUUGUCUCCCUGUUUCUCAGUGUGGUUUUACAAGAAGGAUUUGACGGCGUCCGCCCUCAGAGUGCCAUUUAAAUCCUUCCGAUGUUUAAAGUACUUUGUUUAAUGUCAGUCAAAUGUCUUGAAAAGAUGUUAGCCUCAGAUGCGGUGACAAAGAAGGCCACAGUGGAGUUGAUGUGCGAUGGGUGAUCCAGCUGGAAUCUGCUCCAUACUGAUGUGUUACAUUUCUUAUAUGAUUCUGGAUACACACAGAAUCAAACACACAUGGAUCUGUGUUUAAUUUCAUGUUGUCUCACCUGGUAUCUAAACAUGGAUAUUGCAGGAAUUAGCAAGUGUUUCAUUAUUCAUCUGAUCCUUUUUCAUUUGGCCUUUUUUUAUGUUUUUACAUUUCUUUUUUUGUAUUCUGGUGACCCAUUUAUUCUUUUCAUACAUUAAAAACUGUGUGGGGAAAAUUAGAACAAGAUAGCGCUAGAGAAAAAAUAGUAAAAAAUGAAGAGACACAUUUUAUUUAAUUAUAUUUAUUUCAAAUGUACAUAUAAAUGUUGUGCAAUAUAUAUACUAUCUACAGGUAUGCAUUUCUGGAAAUUCAUUUUAAAAGGAAUGAAGUUAUAUGAGGAUAAUAUCAAAUAUAAGAGGUCUAUGUUGUUGGGUUUGUUUGGAUGAUGUGUGGCAGCUCCUCCGUGAGUCGUUUCAUUUCCCCGUCGGUUUGGUCUUCUGCUGCUUUCCAGAGAUGUUGCAACGUCAGAAAUUCCUUCUAAGAAAAUGCAGUGGAAUAAGUGAGUCUGAAUAACAAGUUGGAAAAUUAUCAAUAUGUUUAUCAUCCUCCAAACCCACCAGUGUGAUUUCCAGCACUGCUGCUAAUGAAGUGAAACAUUUUUAAAUGGCUCUAAUAUCAGAGGAAGACGCUUGCUGGAGAAACAUGCUGCAUCAUAAGUGUUAUUUUAAGCCAGACAGUGACUGCAGUGAAGCACUCCUGAACAUCAGGAGUUUUUCAAAAUAAACAAUCGAUUUGAGUCUUCUGAAAGCGCAAAGUCAUCUAGGUUUAGCAAUGAUGUUGUAAUUAGGCUGGCGAAUGUUUUGAUGCUUCUUGUCAAGAUGUUAUUGUUCCUGCUGUCACUAACAGACAAUGUAAAAAUGUAAGGAUAUCUGAAAAGCAUUUUGUGCAACACAGUUGUGCAGUUGUGCUUGCUAACAAUGCUACAUAUUGAUAUUACAGUAUCUUACAUCGGGCAGAGAAAAUCUAGCAGGUGUCUGUUUUUUUUCCUGAGCUGGACCAAUGCAAAGCAUUUGGUUUUCAUCUCCCUGGUAGCUGUUCGGAUAGUCACAGCUACUUUAUCAGUUUUUUCUGUAACAAUAAUCAUUGAAACAAUUAAUCAUUCUCUAAAACGUGAUGGAAUGGGUUUGGAGGAUGCAAACAGUGUUGUCUUGUUAGAUCAUUUUUAUGGUAUUUUGCCUUUAUCUGAUAGGGAGUGAAAGGAAACAUCAGGAGAGAAGAGAAUGGCAUGUGACAUACAGUAGAUGCCCAGUUGAACCAGGUACAUUACUGUUACAUGGCACAAAUCUUGGCCACUAGGACACACAGGUUUGGCUUUAACAUCCCUGAAACUACUGGCAGUCUCUUACUGAGUAAUCAAAGCUUGAUUGACAAGUACAGGAACUUAUCUUGCUGGCGUUGAGCCUUGAAGACUUUUGAUCACAAAGACAACAGCUGCUUGGAAGUUUUUGAUCUAGUUUGCACUGAAAGAGACUGUAUCCAGGCUCAGACCUGUGAUGUGUUUGCAGUUCACAUAUUCAGCCACUCAUGAGUUUAAAUGCAUUAUUUUAAUGGUACUGGAAAGACUGGAUUGCAGUAUGUAAUUUAUAUGCUGAUCUCUUUUUAUCUCUGAACCUGGGAGAGUUUGUUAGGUCAAGCUACAUGCCAACACUAUGCGAUUUAAUGUUUCCUUGCUUAGUGACAAACAGCCAAUAUUAAGACUUCUUCACAAUCAGUAUUACAGACUCUGUUUGUGUGUAAUGUUAUCUCCAAUGCUCAGUCUUCAGGUGAAGUGGUGACAGCACUGUUUUAAAGUCAAACAAGCAUCAAACAGCUGGAGGCUGAAAUGUUCACAGGCCGGGUAGCUGCUGAGUUUCUAACACCAAUUUCGAGUCAAUGCAGGAAUUAAAUAUUCUGAUCUGAGGUUUUCUUGGUUCCAACACUGUGUAACCACACCACAUUUCUGAUAAGUAUGCUAAAUAAGUAUGCUUUUUAAGUCCACAUAGUAUCACUCACUUUGGUUGGGAUAAUGCAAGCCCAAACAGUGUUUGUACACUUGUUUUGACACAGUUUACACAGUUAAAACUGGUUUGCCGGGUAUUCCUUCUUUUCACUUCACCAAAGAUUGCUGGAGAAGCAGCUCACUGUUUUUGCUGUAGGAUGCCAGAAUAAACAGUGUGACCAGUUUUAAAAGUUGUAAAAAUUGUAAUAAAACAAGUGCUGCUUGGUGGACCAAAGUGAACUCUGGUCACUGAAAAAUAAUUUUAUGUCAUUGUUAAUCGAGGCUUGCUGUUGUUUCCAGUAAAAACAGAGAUAAAGAGGAUGAGGAUUGAGAGGGCAAAGCACUAUAAAAUCAUUAUGGUGGUCAAAAUCAUGGACUUAAUAAAGUCAGUGUCUUUGACUAUAUAAUUAAAGCGAAUCUAAUUUAUUUUGAGAGUAACUGCUGCAUUAGUUAACUGUCAAGUGUAGCAGAUGAGCCACUGACUAUUACAGUUUGAGGAAAUGAGGCCCGAGUCAAAGUGUCCCACCAAAGUAGUGACGUUCUUAUCAGGAAGGGAGUGACGAUCACGACAAACCUGGGAGACAAUUUAUUUUGCUCCUGCGUUAAUUUACUUCUUACUGGUUGUGACUGUUUCUUUUCCGGUAAAAUCCAAACUUUGAAACUGUUCUCCUUUCUAAUAUGUCUUCCUCUCUAUAUAAACCAGAUCUGUAAAUACAGUACCUUGGAGUCAUAUGUGUGGAUUGUGUUGUAUCGACUCAGGCUUGCAACAAAAAAAAAAACAAGGAAAAAAAAGAUAGUAAAAACCUGAAAACCCCAAAAGAGCCAUGUUGGACUGUCUCCAUUCAUUUCUAGUCCUGCUUGUGAAUGAAUGUCACUCUGUUACAAAGCAAUGCACACUACAGUAUCUACACAAAAAAGAAAUGCCAUCAAGCUUGGUAGAGGUUGCCGACUUUAGAUCUUCUACUAGCACGCAGAAACACGUACUUUAUUUGGUCUUGUAUCACUGCCUUUUCAAAUCCUCCUCAGUUUGGGCCAUUAAGAUGAGAGAAUAUGCUGUGGAUGUUUUUAUCUGUACUUUGUGGUAAAACAAUAAAAAGUUACUAACAAUCA